CCGUUGCGCAGAUCCGGGCGCGGCUGUGCCGAGGGCGCCGGGGCCGCUGACCUUCCGGAGGCGGGAGCGAGCCAGGGGGCCCGGGGACGCCGGAGCGCCGCCGCCGCCGCCAUGAACAACUCGGGCGCCGACGAGAUCGGGAAGCUGUUCGUGGGCGGCCUGGACUGGAGCACCACCCAAGAGACGCUUCGCAGCUACUUUUCCCAAUAUGGAGAAGUCGUGGACUGUGUGAUUAUGAAAGACAAAACCACCAACCAGUCCCGAGGGUUUGGCUUCGUCAAGUUCAAAGACCCCAACUGUGUGGGGACGGUGCUGGCCAGCAGACCACACACGCUGGAUGGCCGCAAUAUUGACCCAAAGCCCUGCACGCCUCGAGGGAUGCAGCCUGAGAGGACACGGCCGAAGGAAGGCUGGAAAGGACCCAGGAGCGAUAGCAGUAAAUCCAAUAAGAUCUUUGUCGGGGGGAUCCCACACAACUGUGGUGAGACAGAGCUCAGGGAAUACUUCAAGAAGUUUGGAGUGGUGACAGAGGUGGUCAUGAUAUACGACGCGGAGAAACAGAGGCCUCGAGGUUUUGGAUUUAUUACUUUCGAGGACGAACAAUCAGUGGACCAGGCUGUCAACAUGCAUUUUCACGACAUCAUGGGCAAAAAAGUGGAGGUUAAACGGGCCGAGCCUCGAGACAGCAAGAGCCAAGCGCCGGGCCAGCCAGGUGCCAGCCAGUGGGGGAGCCGGGUCGUGCCCAGUGCUGCCAAUGGCUGGGCAGGCCAGCCCCCGCCUACGUGGCAGCAAGGAUACGGCCCACAAGGAAUGUGGGUGCCGGCGGGACAGGCCAUUGGUGGCUACGGCCCUCCACCGGCGGGCCGAGGAGCACCCCCGCCACCCCCACCAUUCACAUCUUACAUCGUAUCCACUCCUCCUGGAGGCUUUCCCCCACCACAGGGCUUCCCACAGGGCUAUGGUGCCCCCCCGCAGUUCAGUUUUGGCUAUGGGCCUCCGCCUCCACCGCCGGAUCAGUUUGCCCCUCCAGGGGUCCCUCCUCCACCUGCUACUCCGGGGGCAGCGCCUCUGGCCUUCCCGCCACCUCCAUCUCAGGCCGCCCCCGACAUGAGCAAACCCCCAACGGCGCAGCCAGACUUUCCUUACGGCCAGUACGGUUACGGACAGGAUUUGGCCGGCUUUGGACAGGGCUUCUCGGACCCCAGCCAGCAGCCCCCUUCCUAUGGAGGCCCCUCGGUGCCCGGCUCAGGGGGACCCCCUGCCGGCGGAAGUGGCUUCGGCCGAGGGCAGAACCACAACGUGCAAGGCUUCCACCCAUACCGGCGCUAGCGGCCCGCGGCCGGCCGAGCCCCAGGCCCGCACUUGGGAACUCGAGACAAUCACGAACAGGGCGGAAGGCGGCGACUCGACCUGGGGGGCGGGGGGGGCGCGAGGCUGUGGGUGCUGGACUGAAGUUUUUCUAUUUCUUUCUCUUUAACCCGGCAGCACAAUAAAGAAAAAGGUCACUGGUUCAACCACAGGGUUUAAAAAAAAAACAAAAACAACAAAAAAAAAAAACAGUCUUCAGCUUUAAUUCCAAACUUCAGGCUUCUUUUUUUUUCUUUUUUUUUGGGGGGGGGGAUGAAAUUUAUUUUUCCUUGAGCCUUUUGUUUUACCGUUUAUUGUAAACUUUUAUGUUAAAGACAAAAAAAUAGACAUUUACCAAUUGUGAGAUUUUUAAGAGAAUUUUCUACGAUGUAUACUUGGCUUAUUUUUUAAUUUAAAGCAGGGUUGCCAGCUCUGGGCAGGACCUCAUCCUUCCCCGAGCCGAGGCUCAGGACUCGAGAGUCCAGAAACUCGGGGAGCUUAAAGAAGAAAUCUACUGAGUGUUUUGUGUUUUUGUUUAUUCCUUGCUUUCGUCGACCGAACUGCCUGGCAUUGGCCCCAAUGCCUCGGGGCUCUGUGCUGGCCCCGUCUACAUCGCACCAGGGCUGGGGGCCAAAUGGGCAGGAAUUCAGGGCGUUUCCCACUGACCAGUCUGACCCUGGUUCGAAUAAAGUGAAGUGCGUUUGGAUUAGAA